AUGCAAGCUUUCUCGCCUUCGCCACGUCGCUUCCGCCUUUGGACGGCGGUCCUUGCUGUUGCAGGCAGUCUCUUGUUCACGUCGGUCUUUGGUACUGCUCUGCCUGUUAGGAGCGCUGGGACCUGUGUACCUGGGCAUCCCUGUUUCCCGUCUGAAGCCAGUCUGGACGAGUUCAACCGUACCGUUCAUGGCAGACUCAGGUCAGAACGCCCCAUUGCUUCCGUUUGUUAUCCUUCGGAUUCAAGCUUCAACACAACGGAGUGCGCAGUACGCAACAGUUCCGCAACUUCCUUCACCUACCGCACAGGCCAUUUCGCCUCCUUGGUCUACAACAACUGGGAGCAAUGCGAUACGCAAGCCUGUUCUUUCCCACUGUCCUCGACCCUCCUCGACCCGUCCGGGCCUCUCUCUGCCGCACCGUGCGAGCAGGCUAGUGUGCCUUCGUAUUCAGUCCAUGCCCGGACGGAAGAGGAUGUACAAAGUUACGUGUCCUUCGCGACCAGGCACAACCUGCGCAUCGUCAUCAAGAACACCGGUCACGACCUACUCGGAAGAAGCGCUGGCAAAGGUGGCUUUGCUUUAUGGACGCACGAACUACGGAAGAAGGUUUAUCAUACAAACUUCAAGCUGUCAAACUGCUCGCACAGCCUUCAACAUGCAGUCAAAGCCGAUUCCGACGUGUUGCUGCAGGCUGACGUGCCUAGGAUGUCCUUCUCGGGCGCAAUUACACUUGGUGCUGGUGUACAGUGGGCUGAUGCCUACAAAUUUGCUAGCGAACACCGGCGCCACAUUGUAGGCGGAGCAUCCACCACCGUCGGAGCAGCAGGUGGUUACCUCCAGGGAGGCGGACACUCGUACCUAACUCCCUCUUACGGCCUCGCUGUUGACAACCUCCUUGAGGCGCGCAUUGUCACAUCAGAUGGCCGCCUCUACAUUGCCAAUGAAGUCUCGAACCCGGACCUGUUCUGGGCCCUCCGAGGUGGAGGUGGCGCAACUUGGGGUGUCGUUACCAGCGUCACCUACAAGACACGUCCUCAAACGACAAUCUAUCAGCUCUCUUUCUCAACGCCCGCGAAUGUCUCCGAGGCAACGUUCAAUCAAACAAUGCAAAGGUACAUUCGACUCUCGCCAAAGGUGGCAGAAAUCGGCGUGGGAGGCGCUGCCACAUUUAGCCCCACAUCUCUUUCCUUCAACCUCGUCGUUCCCAACACGUCGACUUCUUUCUCCUCGUUCAAGGCGUUCACCAGGCCGCUUCUCACCUUUUUGCAUGACAAAGACGGUCUGGACAUGGGCGGCAAGCAACUGGACGAACUCUACACGAUUUGGCCGAACCACUACGACUUUUACAUUGCCAGUAACGGUGGCGAUGCGUCUGACUCGGGCGCUGGCACCAGCGGCGGCGGCGGCGUCACCUCCAGGGUGCUCCCUCGCACUGCAUUUACUGACGGGGAUCAGAGCAGUCAGCUCGCGCAACUUUUUUUGGAUAGCUUUGCGCAAGCGCGCCAGUCGAACACAGCCUUUUUUCAAGUCAUCGGCCUUGCAACACCGAUCAACACCCCUUAUCGCAACCAGACUAGCCUCAAUCCGGGCUGGUACCGUUCGCUCUGGCAUGUGAUCAAUCUUGGGGACAUGGCCGACAAGCUCAGAGAGAUGACGCCGGAUGCAGCCGUGUACUUGGGCGAAUCGAGCGUCAGCGAGCCAGACUACCGCAGUGGCUAUUGGGGACGCGAAAAUUACAAGGCGCUUCAAGACAUUAAACAGCGGUGGGAUCCCGCCAACCACUUUGCGGUCUUCCACGGCACAACGGAAAACGCCGCCCUCUUCCAAGCUUGCGGGAUGAACGUAGCAUACGAGCGUAGCAACCAUUGUGACAAUGGACAGGCGUUCCCGUCUGUCGAGUAUUGUAAACUAAUGGCUAGAAUUAAUCCCGACAUCGAGCCUGAUGUCUUUCCUAUCCUUCGUUCGAUCGAUGGUGGCGUCACUUGGACGAAUUACUCUUCGAUCCGCGACACUCAAAACGGCCGGGAUAUGCGAUUCCAGCCCAACCCGCACGUUCCUGGCCACGAUUUUGCCGGCUACGCGGCUGGUCCAUCCUGGCUACGGGUGUAUCGACGCCCCUUAGCCUCCAAGGCCCUAUCUGGAUCGACAUGUAUGCGAGCACGGACCGAGAAGAUUUCGUACGCCACUUCAAAGGAUCUGAAGAAGUGCAACUGUCCUGCACACUAUCGGAUCUCGUCGGACCCGCUCAACUUCCAAAACGCCCCCGACUAUGCCCUGCAGCCAUAUGGUGCGAACAACAGCCCGGUCAACAGCGGUCCAUACAUCAUCUACUAUAAGGCUCCCGGUGCAACAAGCGGAACACUGAUCGCUACCACUGCUUACGACGCUAACGUUUUCCUGAACAACGACUCCGCGAGUCCCACUACCUGGAAGGCGGUCAACAUCGGUCAAUUCCCCGGGUACUCCCUAAAUCUGCUCAUUUUAAACGACAACGGAACCAACAAGCUGCAUGUGAUCACCGGAGGCUACUAUGGCUGCCAGGGAAGCUACCACAACUACGUAGCCAACGGUGUUAAUGACAUCCCAACAUACUGA